AUGGGAUUUGGCAUAGUCGAAGACCGCCCAACACCUUCCGAGGUCUAUAAUUGGCGAAUCUACACAUUUGCAAUCGUAGCGUCGUUUGGAGCUCUCAUGUUUGGUUAUGAUGGCUCAUUCUGGGGAACGACGCUUGCCCGAGCCAGCUUCCAGGAGCAUUUCGGCUUCACGGACAUGUCCGCUUCUGCCAGGACAUCUAACACGUCAAACCUUACCUCGGUCUACCUCGCUGCAGGUUUCUUUGGUUCGCUCUUUGCCUGGCCGUCCAGCGAGACGCUUGGCCGGAUCCAGGCAAUGCAGGUCACCUGCACUGUCUUUUUGGUCGGUGCUAUCCUUAUGACAGCUGCGACCUCGAGCUUGCCAAUGAUGUAUGCGGGGCGAGUCUUGACUGGCUUUGGCGUGGGUGCCUUGACGGGUAUUAUCCCGUCCUACAUCGCCGAGGUAGCUCCUACCGCCAUCCGUGGACAAUUAACUGGGUAUUUCGACGUAGCGUACCAGGUCGGCUCUUUGGUCGGGUUCUGGAUCAACUACGGGAUCCAACAACACAUGGGGGUCGACGCGGUGAUCACAUUCCGCAUUCCCAUGGCCAUUCAACUCAUCCCCGGAGGUGCUUUGGCCUUGGGAACGCUUAUCCUUCGAGAAUCGCCUACGUUGCUCUGGCGAAAAGGUAAAAGGGAACAAGCGAUCCAGAACCUCUGCUAUCUUCGCCAACUCCCCGCCGACCAUCAAUAUAUGCUGGAAGAAGUUGGCAGGAUCGAGGCCAGGCUGGAGGAGGAAGAACGGCUAUCUGGCGGCCGGACAGGCUGGGUGGCUCUACUGCGUGGUUCCACGGCCGAAAUGAAGACUUCGAGUAUGCGAUACCGGCUCGCCAUAAUUGUUGGAAUGUUUAUGUUCCAGAACUGGUCCGGUUCCAUCUGCAUCAACUACUAUUCUCCGAUCCUGUUUAAGUCGCUCCUCCUCAGCGACGUGGCGCUAUACACUGGCAUCUAUGGAGUCUGCCGGUCUGUCGCAGCUAUUGCCUUCUAUGCCUUGAUCGUGGAUCGCAGUGGACGUCGAAUCCCCUGGCUGAUCUCCGCCUCGGCAUGCUCCCUGGCACUCUUGUACAUUGCAAUCUUUACAACUGUGGCCGAUACAACCCUAGGAACCCCUUCUGCCUCUGUCCACGCCGCCGGUACCGGCGCAACCGCGAUGGUGAUGCUUUACGGAAUCUUCUGGAGUUUUGGAGGGAACGGUCUACCAUGGAUCGUCGCCGCAGAGAUCUUCCCCGCCCGACUCAGGCCAAUCACCGGUGCCUUUGCCGCCUCUCUGCAGUGGCUCUUUAGUUUCAUCCUCACAUUGGUCUUCCCGUACAUGAUCGAGUCUGUCGUCAACGCAAACGGAACUUUCUUUUUCUUUUCAGCCCUCUGUUUCUUGACCGCCGUAUUCACCUUCAUCUGGGUUCCCGAGACCAAGGCAGUGCCCAUCGAGAGUUGCCAGGCGUUGUUCUCUGGCAAAAUGCGGCAUGCGGCCUGGCGAGCCAAGAAGCUCUUUCCACCGAACGGUAUUCCACCCCUUCCCGAGAAUAUCGCGGCGGGCGAAGCGGCGUACAUCCAGGCGCAUCGGCCAUCGUCUCCGUCUCAUGAAUUUAUCAAGAGCAAGAACGAGAGUGACCACAUCGAGUCUGUUUGA